CAUUUCCUAAUCUGAAUUUGGCGAAUUUGGUGCUUUUUCCGCCUUGAUUGAUAUGCUUAGAAAGCUAAUUGCGUGAUCGCUGGACGAGAUGUGAAUCCCAGACAAAAUGAUCGCAGCUUCAGUUACACAGAAAAGAAAUAGUGGCUGGAAAUGAGUGCACUUUUCCGACGAGAGAGCUUGCUGCGAACGGGAGAAUCCAAGCCGGCCAGAGAUAUGAGACAGUGAGAGAGUAGAUUCAAUGGGAAGACAAGACCCCUUAUAAAGCUCGGCUUCGGGCUCGACGCAGUCCAAUCUCCGAAGAAGCUUCCGUGGGUCAAGACGCCGCUCUCUGUGGCAUCCGCUGACCAGCUCCCCAGUUCUCAGUCUGAUAACGCUCCUCGGCCGGUGAACGUCGUCGCUAGUCGCUGCUAGUCUCUGGAUAUAAAAACCUCAAUCGUAACCGAUCUCGCCAUGAAAUCGCCGUGCUGUGUUAGUGCUGUGAUUACACUUCUCCUCCUCGGGAUCGGCCACGCCCCAUCGCCAACUGCCGCCCAGUUCAAUCAGCGCAGGCAAGUUCGACAGAACUGCAUCACUCCGGAGAAUUACUAUGGCAGUUGUGUGACCCUGAGCUACUGUCCCCAGGUGGCCAACAUCUUUAGGACCAAUAACAGGGAGCGGGCGCAACGCUAUGUGAUCGCCCUGCAGCGCAGUUGUGGCACCCGCAACAUUAACGGGGAUCCGGUGGUCUGCUGCACUGAGCCCAGAAUUAACCCGGUCACAGAGCGACCCGUAAACCCCUUCUUUCCCACAGAACCCUCUUUCGUUGGACCGCAGCCUCCGCCGGAAGUGCCCGAGAAUCCCUUCUUCACGCGACCCAGAGAAACCACUACGACGACGACAACGACGACCACACCGGUUCCUCCUCCGGUUACCUCGGCGGCACCUAUCAUUGAACUCCGAGGCGAUGCUUGUCGCGGACCAGACCUCAAACCCGGAAAUUGUGUGGAACUCAACUUGUGUGCUUCGCUGCUGAAUGAACUGCGGGUGAAGCAGCGCGACCAAACCUUUGCCAAUUUCCUUCGUGCAUCUAGGACGGUCUGUGGCAACAAGGGCACCCAGGUGUGCUGCCCCAAUGGAAUGACGGUGGUCGCCACCACCAAGGCACCGAUCUUUCCAAAGAACACAGACGAAGUGCCGCGACGUCUGCUAAAUGUGGAAGAAGGAUGUGGCUCCACUGUGGGCUACUACAAGAAGAUCGUCGGCGGUGAAGUGAGCCGCAAGGGAGCCUGGCCUUGGAUAGCACUUUUGGGCUACGAUGAUGCCUCCUCGUCGCCUUUUAAGUGUGGAGGAACCCUGAUCACCGCCAGACAUGUGCUUACAGCGGCCCAUUGCAUCAGAGAUGAUCUGCAAUUUGUGCGGCUGGGAGAACAUGAUCUGAGUUCGGAGACGGAAACCACACACAUAGAUAUCAAUGUGGCAAGGUACGUGGCUCAUCCGGAAUACAAUCGCCGCAACGGACGCAGUGAUAUUGCCAUUCUGUACUUGGAGCGAAAUGUACCCUUCUCCUCCAAGAUCACGCCCAUUUGCCUGCCCAAGUCACAGCCUCUGCUCUCCAAGACAUAUGUUGGCUAUAUGCCUUUUGUGGCCGGUUGGGGGAAGACUCAGGAGGGCGGUGAGUCCGCCACUGUGCUCAACGAGCUGCAGAUUCCCGUCUACAAGAACGAGGUGUGCGCCCAGAGCUAUGCGGCCCAAAAGCGCUACUUCAGCGCCGAUCAGUUUGACGCUGCGGUGAUUUGUGCCGGAGUCCUGACCGGUGGCCAUGAUACCUGCCAAGGCGAUUCCGGUGGACCGCUGAUGAUACCGGAACAGAAUGCCCAGGACACACGGUUCUAUCUGAUCGGAGUGGUGUCCUACGGCAUUGGUUGUGCUCGGCCAGAGGUGCCUGGUGUGUACACCAGCACACAGUACUUCAUGGACUGGAUCACACAACAAGUCCAGGACACGUCUUAAGGAGCCGGCGUUGCCAUGCCAUAAAUGUUGUACUAAGUCAUGAUAAGUAAAAAUAAAUCUUGUAUCUGAGUCACUAAAAGUAGCUUAAGCUCAGCACUGGCAUUAGCUUAAAGUCUUGCCGCAUGAUUAUUUAUUAAAAAGAAGAAAUAAAUAUAUAAGAAACUGGAAA